UAACAAUCUGAAUACUGAUUGGCCGUUUUAUGAACACGUUUUUGCACAUGUAGCCAAUCAGCUUUUAAACAGGAAGCCCGCCUUUCCGGUAUUUGAAAUUGUCUGCGAUAAGCAAUCGCCUCAAUCAAUAAUUUCUUGUUGGUCGCGUUAAGUAUGCAGAACACAAAGCGCACAAAGCGGGGGAGAAACCAAGGUGGCGUUGUUGAUAAAGUAGGUGAUACAGUCUCAGUGCCACCUCCUGUCUCUGGUUCACCACAAGUUGCACCGACGGCAGUUGCAACAAUUGAAAAACUCAAAGAAGAAAAUAGACUACUGAAAGAGGAACGGGAUUUUCUGCGGGAGCAAUUGAGAGGUUCCCUCAAUAAAAAACAACUAGGGACAAACAGAAGAAUGCAAAAUGAUUCAUCUUCUGAGUCAGAAUCUGCAGACAACUCAACAUUCUCAGACACAUCAGAUUCCUCAGACAAGCCUCCAAAGAGAAAACACAAGAGAAAGCACAAAGUCAGAGAAGACAAAGAUACCUACAUUCGAAGAGUUAAAACUCCUGAUGAUGUUUUGCACCGCUACAAGGCCAUUCUGAAGAGCUUCCUACGGACUAGGAGUGUCUCCAGAAGCUGCAAACAACACAAUGUUGAUCGCAAUACCAUAGCUCUUACAGCUAUCAUUGCAGAGCUGCAGAUAAUUGCUACUCCUGAACUGCACAUUCCAGAAUUUCAGGGUGGAACUCUGCAGAAAUAUGCAAAAAGGUGCAAGGAAUAUCUGGAUACAAAACCAGAAGUCAUGAGUAAAAUCACAGAAAUGAAACGGAAUCGUGAGCUCCUACCAAUUGGGUAUAAAUUCCGAAAAGAAGACAAGUAAUUGGCUCAAAAGUAUAAGAUGUCUUGUUCAGUGCAGCAGUAGCAUUUAUACAGCGUUCACCAUGUAUAAAAGUAAUCUUUUUCAGAUUUAUUUUAAGUCCGUUUAUUGAAUAAAAAAUAAAGUGUGAAUGUUCCCCUCACUUUGUUGUCUUUAAGCUCACCCUUUCUUGUGUUAUGUUUCUAGAUAAAGUACAAUGUUUUAUAGACAAUGUAUAACUUGGAACUAAAUGGCUCUUUUAAGUUUCUUCUCUGUUAAGCACAAUAGUGCAAUCUAUUUUACAGUGCAUUACUAACAUGGACGUCUAAAUUGUUA